AUGUGCUUGUUAAAGGUGGCGCACCAAAGAGGUUCAGGCGAGUUCGUCAGGUUCACGGCGGAACACGGCGGAGGCGAUGAGGAAGUGGAAGACACUUUUGGACAAGAUGAUGGGCCAUCACAGUCACUAGGAUUUAGUGAACCGGUGCAGCAAGGGGAGGUGGCAUCAAUGCCAGGGCAUGUGGUUUCAGGGCACACCAGGGCUAGAGAGAUGACGGCUGCGACGGUUUCGGCGCCGCCGCAUGUCUUAUCAUCUGGCUAUGGCCAGACCCACAGGGAGUGGGUCCAAAGAAGUGGUUUUCCUAUGAUGUCAGGUUUUAUGCAUGUCUCUUCUCCUCGUUUGUCUUCAUCCAGUUCUGGCUCUCUUUUGGGGUCUGGCUCUGGUUCUAGUUCAUGGGUUGGGCACAAAAGAGGGCGUGAAGAUGAAAGUGGUGUAGGUGGUUCAUCUCAGUUGAUACAAGAUGUGACUAGACUCUAUACAAACAUUGGUGACUUGGGACUACCAUCUCAAGGACAGUCAUCAUCAAUGAGAGAAGAAGCUACAACGAUUGGGACCACAACCGCCGCCGCCGCCGCCACGACGGCACCGUCGAGUGAAACUGCAUCAUAUGAAGAAACCGGCGAGAGGAGGAGAAGGUACAGAGGAGUGAGGCAGAGACCAUGGGGGAAAUGGGCAGCAGAGAUUCGUGAUCCUCACAAAGCGGCAAGAGUGUGGCUUGGAACAUUCGAAACUGCAGAAGCUGCAGCAAGAGCUUACGAUGAAGCUGCAUUGAGAUUCAGAGGUAACAGAGCAAAACUCAACUUCCCAGAAAACGUUACUGCAGCAAUGCGACCACCACCUGCUCACGAUUUUCCUAUCGCCAUUUCUGGUUCACCAUCAUUUAAUUUGUUGCCGGCACCUCCUCUUCCGCCGCCGUUGCAGCCACCGUUCAUGCAGAGACAACCUUUUCAGGGCUCCUCUGAUUUGAUGAGAGACUACUGGGAAUAUUCUCAGCUUCUGAAGAGCUCAGGUGACUUCCAUGGACUUGAACAAUGGUUCUAUGAUUCGCAAAUGGCAGCGAUUCAAUCUUCAUCUUCGUUGUUAUCACCAUCUUUGUCGUCUUCUUCAUCACCAACUGCAUUUUCUCCAUCCAGUCAAUUGUCCUCUGCUUCUUUUCCUCUGUCUUCUGGUCAGCAAGUGGGGUUUUUCCGGCCGCCGGGAGACCACUCUCGUGGCGGCGGUGACGGUGGUGGCGGGUCAAAUUUUCCACCUUCGACAUGGUCAGAUACCAGUGGCUAUCCUCCUCCCUCUGGUUGA